CAACAGUUUUUCGGUUUCUAGGCAGUUUUUAUGACGCCGUAGGCCGUUUGAUUUUUUUUUUUUUUUUAGAAAACUGAAAGAAUGUCACGUUUGCUCGUUUACUGUAUUUGUAUUUAAAUAUAUCACAUUUUCGAUAUAAUUAUGUUAACUACUUUAUAUGUGUAAACUACGUUUUUAGCCGUAGCUACUGUACAUGGUUAGCGGUUGCCUCGCGACAGCUGUGUUUGUUAACAAGCUAACGGGUUAGCAAGAAGAUUAGCAGAAAAGAGGUUUGUAGAGGGCAGAGCGUUUAGUAUAAAUAGAACCAUUAAUAAAUAACCACAUAAAUAACAUUUUAAAAAUGAGUGAGCAACUUAAGUUCAUCGUGGAACAGCUGAACAGAGAGCCAUUUAAGAAGAACUUUAACUUAAUCACUUUUGACUCUCUGGAGCCGAUGCAGCUUCUGCAGGUUCUCAAUGAUGUUUUGGCUGAGAUUGAGUCUAAGCCAUCACUUGAUAUCCGAGAAGAAAUGCCUGAGCAGACUGUCAAAAGGAUGUUCACCUUGUUGGGGAUGCUGAAAUACAAACCACCUGGUGGCUCAUUUGAUGUGAGCAGUUUUCGUCAGGGACUGGUGACGGGCAGUAAACCGGUGGUGCACCCCAUCCUGCACUCGCUGCUCCAAAGAGUUCCUGAGUUAAAGAAAAGGGCCUAUCUUGCCCGCUUCCUUGUCAAGCUGGACGUGCCCACAGAGUUCCUGGCUGAUGAGGUCAUUGCUGAGGUCUACCACCAGUAUGAAGAGUUGGUAGAAGGAUUUAAGAACUUCCAUAAAGAGUGUGAACAGCUAAGGAACUUUGGAUUUUCUGCAGCGGAGAUUCGAAGGGACAUAUCAGAUAUGGAAGAUGAGAAGGAUCAGCUGAUUAAAAGAGUGGAGCGUCUAAGAAAGCGGGUGGAGUGUGUGUCUAACCAUCAGCGCAUGCUAGAGGUGGCCAGGCAGCUUCGGGUGGAAAAAGAGAGAGAGGAAUCUUUGGCUCAUCAAAAACAGGAGCAAAAGAACCAGCUAUUCCAGGCUGAACAGAGGAGGCAGAGGUGUCAACUCCAGCUGAAAGACUUGCGACAGGCAGCAGCAGAUGCCAAGCCUGAGAGCCUGGUGAAGAGACUGGAGGAGGAAAUUAAGUUCAACUCCUACAUGGCUUCAGACAAGCUGCCCAAAGAGCUGGAGCGCAUCCGCAGCAAAGUGCACUACCUGCAGAAGGUGGAGUCCAAGCCAGCCAUGGGUCACGCCGAGCUAGACGAGCUGGAGGAAAAGAUAAAAGAGCUAAAUCGGAUGAACCAGGAGAUGGAGAAAAAGAUGUCCAGGUCUGACCCAAUGGAUGAUAACCUUACUUUGUACAGACAGCAGGCCUCCAUCAUAGCACGCAAGAAGGAGGCAAAGGCAGAGGAACUGCAGGAGUCCAGGGAGGAGAUGGCUGCCAUAACAAGAGAGCUGAGCGCUAAGAGUCAAGCUGUGGGGCAGGGAGGAGUUGAGAUCAUCCGCUUAGAUGAGUUCAAGAGGUACGUUGCCAAGAUGCGGGGCAAGAACAUUGUAUAUAAGAAGAAGCGGCAAGAGAUAGCAGAGGUUAAGGCUGAGUUUGGUGUUCUACAGAGGACAGAGGAAGUCCUUCGCCAGCGCCACACUGCUCUACAACAGCACCUGCAAUCCCUGGAGGCUCAGAAAGGGAUCUCGGGCUUCAGUGAGACCCAAGAGGAGCUGGAAAGAGUUUCUGCCAUCAAAAGUGAAUUGGAUGAGCUGAAGGGACGCAGGUUGGACAAUAUGUCUGAGAUGGUGAAGAAGAUCAAUUUAGCAAUAUCAGAGAAGAAAUCAGCUCUAUCUCCAUUAAUAAAGGAGCUGAGGCCUCUUCGCCAGGAGUGCCAGGAGCUUUCUCAGGAGUAUGAAGAAAAAAAAGCUCUGUAUGACACUUGUGCUGCUGGAUUGGAAAGCAAAAGAUCAAAACAGGAGCAGGAGGUCAGGUCCUUAAGGGAGGAGACAUCACAGGGGGAAAACCGAUAUCACCAAAUCAACUGCAUGAAAGAGAUCGCUGAGAUUCAAAUGCAGCGGGCAGCAGACGAAAUGAAGAUCUAUGUGUCCUCUGACCCGCAGACAAGGAAAAAGUCAAUCAGGGAACAAUACAUGAAGAACAUUGCAGAGCAGGAAUCUUUGGGAAAGAAGCUCCGUGAGGAGCAGAAACAGGUGAAGGAGAGUCACGGCCCCAACAUGAAGCAGAUGCAUAUGUGGAAAGAUCUUGAACAGCUGCUGGAGUGUAAGAAGCAGUGCAACCUGCGAGCUCGGAGCCAGGCAUCCAUUGGUCAGGUGAUCCAGGAGAGUGGUGAGGACCGUCUGGUCCUCUAACUGAGCUGCACAGCACGUCAACGAUUCAAGUUAUUUUUGUGUUCGUUUCGUCAUAUCAAGGGUUACUUUUCAGCUAUGAUACAGCAAUGUGUGUUCAGAGUCUAUAGAAAAGUAUAAUGAUUAUGCUAUCAAAUGUUUCUCUCUGUCCUUCUCCCCAUCAGUACAAUGCUGAGGACAUUUGGUCUUGUUUUACAAAAUGGAGCAAAAUGUCCUUUUUUGGACAUAAUUAGUGGGAGUUGGGAGAUUUUUCAUGGAGAUAACCAGUGGUGCACAUUGAAACUGUGUGUGUGUGUGUGUGUGUGUGUGUGAGUGAGAGAGAGAGAGAGAGAGAGUGUGUGAGAGAGUGAGAGAGAUGGAACACAUGUUCACAGUAGUGUUCCAUGGAUAAGGGGUUUAAAAAAAUUCAAACAAGUCCAUCGUCUCCAUUUCGACGCGUCUUUAAGAAUAGCCCAACAAUCCAUGUGUUGCGAGAUAGCAGUGAACAAAGUGUUACACUUUGAACGUGCCUGCACACAGUUAUUUUGGGAAGCAGCAGUCAUGACCUUGGGCAGAAGAGCUGUCCAAUUUAGGAAUUCGGCUGGUCCUUCUUUUGUUUCCGUCACUGAGGGGCAGAGGUAAUCAGCAGAGCAACAUCUACAACUCCUCCCCUACCUGUUAGUGCACACUGCCUUGGGACAUUUGUAUAAUGUAACAAGAGCUCUUUAACUGCUUAAAUAAUCAAAUAAAUUAAGUAUAUUGUACACAAAACCAACCAAUUUGUUCUGUUGUAUGCAUUUUUAGUUUAGAGGAUUUUGUAAAAACGAGCAGUAAGUAAACACAAGCUGUUGCAGUGUCUACACAUGACCUUUUUGUAUCUACACUCAAUUAACACAAACAUUUAACUAUUACAGUUAACUGACCGUGAGUAAGGAGUAAAACAUUGCAUAGGAAAAUAAAGCCAAAUACUGUAUCCCAUGAUGGUGGUCUGAUAUGAAGUGGAUAAAUUAAAGGUUUUACUCCCCUUAUAACAUGACUGUUUGCCAACAAUUAGUUUUUCAUUUAUUAACAGAUGUCAUCCAUUUCCAUUAAUAAUGCUUAUUUAUAGUUAAUUUUUAUGUGAAACGUUUAUGAGAUUAGUUAGUUCUUUUACUACUUAGAUUCUAGCAGACAUAAACAGUCACUGCCUCACCAGGUUCUCUUAUUUCCCCCUUUUUUAAAGUAAAAAAAACUAAAUUCAUAUCAUCUUAACAUAAUAUGGAUUCAUGUUUUCGGAAAACAAUGUCAGAUCUUGUGUGGGAUGUGGACUGGGCCAAAGUCAAAGUGUUUCACUCUUUUAAAAAAUUAAAUGCUCUGAUAUACUAAAAUAAUAUAAGCGGAGAUAUCACGGAGUUUGCUAAACCAAUGCUAUAGGGUGAACAUCAGUGAAAUGUUUAUUGUAUUUUAUUAUUUUUCAAAUAAAUAAACUUAUAUA